UCCCUGAGCUUUACUGAUUGUGCAGUUUUGCCCCAAUCCUCAUAACAACUACUCCGACCCCUACGUCCCCACCGCCGUCGCCUCCGCUAUGCUCGCCGCCGCCCUCCUCGGCGCCGCCAUUGGCCAGGUCGUCUUCGGCCACCUCGGGGACCGCAUCGGGCGCCGCCGCGUCUACGGCUUCUCUCUCUUCCUCAUGAUUUUCAGCUCGAUCUGGUGCGGUUUCUCCGCCUGCACCUCCCGAUCCUGCGUGCUUGUCACGCUAGGGUUCUUCCGGUUCGCGCUCGGCGUUGGCAUCGGCGGCGAUUACCCGCUCUCCGCCACCAUCAUGUCGGAGUUCGCCAACCGCCACACGCGUGGGGCCUUCAUCGCGGCGGUUUUCUCGAUGCAGGGGUUCGGGAUCCUGGUGAGCUCGGCCGUCACCAUGGCGGUGUGCGUCGUGUUUGACCGCGCCACGGGAGCUGACCCAGUCGGAGAGACGCCCCAGGAAGCGGACUUGGCGUGGAGGCUGAUACUCGUGCUUGCGGCGGUGCCGGCGGGGCUCACCUUUUACUGGCGGAUGAUGAUGCCGGAAACUGCCAGGUUCACGGCGCUGGUGGAGAAAAACGUAGAGCAGGCGGUGAGGGACAUGCAGGGAGUUCUGGCCGUCUCCCUCGCCCAAAUCGCUGAAGAAGAAGAAGAAACCCUCUCCCCAAACCCCGCAUCCUACCCCCUCCUCUCCGGAGAGUUCCUCCACCGCCACGGCCGCGACCUCUUCGCCUGCGCAGCCGCGUGGUUUCUGGUGGACGUGGUGUUCUACAGCAUCAACCUCUUCCAAUCCAAUAUCUACAGCCACUACCUCCCCAAGCACCACAUGAGCGUCUUCGAAGAGGCCUUCCAUGUUGCCAAGCUCCAAGUCAUCAUCGCCGUCUGCUCAACCAUCCCCGGCUACUUUGCCGCCGUCUACCUCAUUGACCGCACCGGUCGGGUCAAGAUCCAGCUCACCGGCUUUUUUAUCAUGGCUUUAGGCCUCCUCGCUAUCGGAAUCCCUUACAAAAACUUCUGGCGCAACACCACCAACAUGGGCUUCAUGGUUUUAUAUAGCUUGACCUUCUUCUUCGCCAACUUGGGCCCCAACACCACCACCACCUUCAUCGUCCCCGCCGAGCUUUUCCCGGCCAGGUUCCGGGCCACGUGCCAUGGGAUAUCCGGGGCUGCCGGGAAGCUGGGGGCGGUCGUGGGCUCCGUGGGGUUCUUGAGGGCUUCCACCACGGGGGAGGGGAUGGCGGCGGCGCUGGUCAUCCUGGGAGGGAUUUGUGUGGUGGGAAUGGCGGUCACGUAUUUGCUCACCCCCGAGACCAUGGGGAGAUCAUUGGAGGAGAAUGAAUGA